AUGAUGGAGAUAUCACCAGCUAAUAUUAAAGAACAAUCACAAUCACGAUCAAGAUCAAGAUCAAGAACUAGAAAUUCUACAGCAAAUUCUCGAUCAACUAGUGCCACAAGAAGACCUAGUUUAUCUUCUAGUCGUAGAAGAUCAUUAUCUUCAUCUUCAUUAAAUAGAUUAACUAUAACUACUACCCAGGUUGAUCAAGAAAGAUCUGUUCCUUCAGUCCAUGUUUAUUUAGAUAAUUCCUUACCAUUAGAUUUUUUUAAACAAGAUAUUAUUGCCUUAACUAAAACUUUGAAAAUUAGUAAAUGGCAUAAACGUCAAUUAACCAUUAAUAAUUUGAAUAUUAAUAGAAUUUCAGGGGCAUUAACUAAUGCUAUAUAUAAGAUUGAAUAUCAUGAUGAUUUACAAAAUAUUCAUUUACCAACAUUAUUAUUACGAGUUUAUGGUAAAAAUGUUGAUGAAUUAAUUGAUAGAGAUAAUGAAUUAGCCAUUUUAAUUAAAUUAUCUCAAAAAAGAAUUGGACCAAGAUUAUUAGGAAUAUUCAGUAAUGGUAGAUUUGAACAAUUUUUAGAUGGAUUUCUUACAUUAAAUAAACAACAAAUUAGAGAUGAAAUUCUUUCACAAAUGUUGGGUAGAAGAAUGAAAGAUUUACAUUAUAAAAUUGAAUUAGAUACUAAAGAUUAUGAAUCAACUCAACCAACAUGUUGGAAUUUAAUUGAUAAAUGGUUAAAACUUUUUGAGCAAGAAUUAUUACCAGGAUAUUUACAAGCUAAUUAUAAUCUUCAAGAUAUAUUUAUUGUUUCAUUUGAUCAAUUCAAAAAUAUUAUCAACAAAUAUAAACAAUGGUUAUUUAAUAAAUAUGAUGAAAAAAAUUUCACUAAUAAUUAUAAAUUUUGUCAUAAUGAUACUCAAUAUGGAAAUUUAUUAUUACAUGAAUCAUUUAAUCCUCAAGAUAUACUUGUCUCAACAUCAUCAUCAGAUACUAAUAACAAUAUCGUUGAUGGUGAAGUUACUAUUAAAUCAACUUCUAAUAAAAAAGACACUAAUUUAGUAGUUAUUGAUUUUGAAUAUUCUGGAGCUAAUUUCCCUGCUUAUGAUAUUGUUAAUCAUUUUUCAGAAUGGAUGUCUGAUUAUCAUGAUCCUGAAAAAUCUUAUUUCAUUCAUCAAGAAAAUUAUCCUAAUCAAUUACAACAAAUUAAUUUAAUUAAAUCAUAUAUUGAAUAUGAUUUCCAAUAUCCUUCAUCAAAUUUGAAAACUGGACAAACUCCAGAAAGUUUAAUUAAUAAUUCUACUAAUCCAAUAUCAAUUAUUCAAUAUGAAAUUGAAAAAUUAUAUAAUGAAUGUAUUUAUUGGAGAGCUACGGUACAAAUUUUUUGGUGUCUUUGGGGGUUAAUUCAAAAUGGUCCAUUAAAAAAACCAAUUAAUUCUAAUGCAUUAUCAGAACAAGGUAUUAAUUCAACUUAUAAUAUUACUAUUGGUGAUAUGGAAAAUUUAGAAAUAACUGAUCAUAAUAAAGAAAAACAAGGUUCUAAUAUCAAUGAUGGUGUAAUUGAAGAAGAAGCAAUUACUUCUAGUGACGAUGAUUUUGAUUAUUUGAAAUAUUCUAAUCAAAAAGUAGCAUUAAUAUUUGGUGAUUUAAUUCAAUUUGGAAUUAUUGAUGAAAAAGAUGUGGAUGAAAAAUAUUUAUCUUUAAUUAAAUAUCUUGAUACUAAGACUUUUGAUAUUUAA